GGAAGACAAGUUUUCUUGGUAGACUAAUGUAUUUAUAUAUCCAACAACCUAUCUUGAUAUAUAAAUUUCAACUUCCGAGAAUACCUCACAGGUAGAGCUAUUUAUAAUUUUGAAAACGUGGAUUUAUAUAUAGAGUGAUGACGUAGAUUUAUAUAUAGAGUGAUGAUGUGUCGGCAAAAAUAAAAUUAGCUAUUUCUGAAAACCAGCAAGGUUGUUUUACCGCACAGUCACACACAUGGUGAUACUUUCGGUUUCGUUUCAACAUGGAAUACAUAAUUAAACAUCGUUUUACUUUCGUUUUCCUAUAUCAUUAUAUUGACAAAUGAUUUUAGGAUAUAUUCUAAAAUGGCGUCCGGACCGCUGCACUGUGAUUUCUGUAAAAUGGACGCAGGGACAGAUCCAGUUCUGGUUGAAGCAUGUCGUCACAUACACUGCCGAUACUGUAAGAGAGGAAUGACAAUGAAGAGUAAAAUUCACGGAAGCAGGCUAACAAACUGCUACAAAUGUUUAAUAUGUCAUAGAUAUGGCAAACUGCUCAACAUAGAUAGUGUUAAAAACAACGAGCAGGUCCUGCCAAGUAUCCUAAACGCACAUCACCGUCGGUAUGAACACGAAGCUGUACUUUCAAAACAAGGACCUGACGUUCAUGAUCAGUACAGCCAAAGAUAUGAAAUAAGGGGGCUAAAAAACUCAAAAUUGACAUGCGCCAUCAACGCUGUUGUACAGGUGUUAGCACAAACGCCAGGAUUUUUUGAGGAUGUGCAUGACUAUUGCAGUAAGAGUAAACAAAAGUAUCUGGCAAGCACACUUUUAGAAGUCAUUGUAGAUGUAAAUGGUGCACUGGGUCAAAGUAGUACAGAAGCAUUGCAAGCUGAAGUCAUCAGACGUGGGGAUGACUUUUCCUUCUGGAAACAGCACGACUGCCAUUCCUUUCUGUUGUGUCUGAUUGAAGCUUUGAGAGAAGACCUGGGAAAAGACAGUAUGGAGUUAUUCACGGGACAGAUAAAGAAUCGAUUUGAAUGCGCAAAAUGUAUGCAAAAAGAGUGUUCCGAACUUCAGGACUUCACAUCGUUAUGUAUUCCUGUCACUGAGAAAUCUGUGGAUAAUGGUAUACAGCUCCUUUUCCGAAAGGAAAGGUUGGCAGAUUCCAAUAUGUUGUGUCGAUCGUGUAGUAAAGGUCAGAAAUCAGGGGCUGGAAAAUUGUAUAUCAAAGAGUUACUGCUUGAGAGAGCUCCCAGCAUUUUUAUCCUUCAACUGGCAAGAUUUAAAGAGGUGAGAACAAGUAAUGGACUCGUGAAAUUAGAAAAACUACAAACCUUGGUUCCAUACAACAAGAAAAUACAGCUCCAUACAGGCGAAAAAUCCUUAGUUACAUACAAGUUAUACGCCAUUAUUUCCCAUCUAGGGACUAUCGAAGGUGGUCAUUAUGUGUCAUAUGUACAGACACUGAAAGGUCAGCGUGACCUUGCUACCCCAACCCACAGAGACAACGACACACGUGGUCAUGCACGUGACCGUUCAAGUACAUGGUACCAUUGCACAGAUUCUAUUGUCACGCGAGUGAGUCCAGACAAUGGGUAUCCCAUUUGCUCCGACGCGUAUCUAUUGUUUUAUCACAAAAUGGAACGUUCAUGCUAAUGUGUUGAUACUUUGGCAACAACAUGUGGUAGAUCUGACACUGGAUAAAAAUAUAUAUUGGAUAUAAAUAUGAAAGAUGUAACAUGGUGAUGAUAAUGUUGCAAACAAGAAAAUGAAAAUUCUUUAGCGCACGAUAACAAAUUCUCGUUUAAGAUUUAUUUAAUCUUUGAAUUGUUUGUUCUGGAUUAUUUUAAUCAUUGUUUUAAUGAUAAUUAGACCCACGGGAAAUAUUACUAUCGAGAAUAAAUAAAUGACGUCAUAUUAUUUUUCUAGGUAGUGGAAAAUGUCCCUGUCGAAAUAAGCCUGUUAUAGUUUUAUGCAAUGUAUGUGCUACCGGUAAAUAAUACUGAAUAAAACAUAUACUGAUAUUA